AUGCGCUGUCUCAUCAGCCUAGCCCUCGGCCUUCUUGCCCUGGAGGUAGCCCUUGCUCUGGACCCAGCCUUCAUCUCACCAGCUCAGGUCAUGUGCCCCGAGUCCAGCUCCUCCGAGGAGAUGCCCUGUACCCAAGCCUGUCUCACUGAUGAGGACUGUCUCGGCAACACCAAGUGUUGUCCUAGUGCCUGUGGCCGUUCCUGCAGAACCCCCAUCAUUGUAGCCGCCCCCAAGACUGGCAGCUGCCCCUGGGUGGGCGAACAGAUGUCCCAGCAGUGUCAGGAGCAGGACCAGUGCUCCAAUGACAGCCAGUGUGAGGGCAACAAGAAAUGCUGCUUCAGCCAGUGUGCUAUGAGGUGUCUGAACCCCGUCCUAGGUAUGCAGCCUCAAGACCACCCUCUGGGUCCCUUUCUCCCUUGGCUUUCUCUGACUCAAGCCCUGUUAAGGCUCUACUUCAAGCAGUCUGAGGACCUAGUCAGUGUUUCACUUCUGGAUCUUGGGCCCCACAGUACAGAAGAAGAAUGA